CAACAUUAGUAUUUCUGUCAUGUCAUAUUUGUCAAUAAUGUCAAAGUUUGUCACAUUUUUAUAAACAAAACAAAUUACUCUUAGUUUCGUAUUUUAUAAUUUAAUUAGUAUGUCUAUCAUUUAUACAGGGGCCUUCAGUAGGUCUGGAGGUAUUUACAGUGCAAUACAAAAGCAAUUAAAAAUGGUAAAUUUAAAACUUGUAAAAAAAAUCCAGGUUCAAUUCGACCCGUUCCAUCCCAAUGCAGUAACAGCCAGAGAUUUUCUUUUUCACAUUUCCAAACCCUACGUUCUAGAAACAAAUCUGAGUUGCAUUGUGAAAACCAACGUGGUUUGCGAUCGAAGUGAGCCCCAAAUAAAGAUAGAUUUAGGCGAUUCAAGGACAGUAAAGUUUCUAGCCGAUAAUUUGACUGUAUUAGAAAUUUUGCAACAAUUUAAUAAGCAUAUAAGUUCAAAAGUGCCUAAAGAGACUAUAUCGUCUCCGGCCACAGCUAAAAUCGAAGGAAAAAAGAGGAAAGGUAGAAAGUGAAGAAUCAUGAGAUUCAGUAGAAAAAAAGAAUUUCCUUUCAAAGUCAUUGAGCAAAUUUAUGAAAAUGUUCCUGCCUUCACCGAUGUAUUCACCGAGGAUACAUUUUAUAUUUUUGCCAUAAGCGUUGUUAUAAGUACUAUUAUUGCUGUUGUUAUAAUAUCUAGGUUUGUGACUAUUAAGGAAGUUGAAAUUUAAUUUAUGUUUAAUCAUUGUGGAUUCGUUUUAAAAUAAAUGUUUUUUUCUUAGUUCUAA